GAUUUUGAAGCUAAGACAAGCUAUACCCUGAGGAUAGAAGCAACCAAUAUGCAUGUUGACCCUCGUUUCCUGAGCCUGGGACCCUUCAGUGACAUGACAACAGUGAAGAUAAUUGUUGAAGAUGUUGAUGAGCCACCUGUGUUUACUUCACGUUUGUACUCCAUGGUGGUUUCUGAAGCAGCAAAAGUCGGCACUAUCAUUGGAACUGUAGCGGCCCAUGAUCCAGAUGCCUCAAAUAGUCCUGUCAGGUAUUCAAUAGAUCGAAACACAGACCUGGAGAGGUAUUUCAAUAUUGAUGCCAACAGUGGAGUCAUUACAACUGCCAAAUCUUUGGACAGGGAAACUAAUGCUGUUCAUAAUAUCACAGUUUUGGCUAUGGAGAGUCAGAAUCCAGCACAGAUUGGGAGAGGCUAUGUAGCCAUCACUAUCCUUGACAUCAAUGACAAUGCCCCUGAGUUUGCCAUGGAAUAUGAGACAACUGUCUGUGAAAAUGCUCAGUCUGGUCAGGUGAUACAGAAAAUCAGUGCAAUUGAUAAAGAUGACCCACCGAAUGGCCAUCAGUUCUACUUCAGUUUAGCAGCAGAGGCAGCAAAUAACCACAACUUUACACUGCAAGACAAUAAAGAUAACACUGCAACAGUAUUAACCAGAAGAAAUGGGUUCCGAAGACAGGAACAGUCUGUUUUCUAUUUGCCAAUAUUCAUUGUGGACAGUGGAUCACCUUCACUUAGUAGCACUAAUACGCUCACCAUCAGAGUCUGUGAUUGUGAUGCAGAUGGUAUUGCUCAGACAUGCAAUGCAGAAGCAUAUAUCUUGCCUGCAGGACUUAGCACUGGAGCCCUUAUAGCAAUAUUGGCUUGUGUCUUGACGCUGCUAGUUCUUGUCCUGCUGAUUGUCACCAUGAGGCGACGGAAAAAAGAGCCCCUCAUUUUUGAUGAAGAGAGAGAUAUCAGAGAGAAUAUUGUGAGAUAUGAUGAUGAGGGUGGUGGAGAAGAAGACACUGAGGCUUUUGACAUGGCUGCCUUGAGAAACCUCAACAUUAUCCGAGACACCAAAACCAGAAGGGAUGUGACGCCUGAGAUCCAGUUCUUGAGCAGACCAACUUUUAAAAGCAUCCCAGAUAAUGUAAUUUUUCGGGAAUUUAUCUGGGAAAGACUAAAAGAAGCUGAUGUGGACCCCUGUGCGCCACCCUAUGACUCCCUGCAGACAUACGCAUUUGAGGGGAAUGGUUCGGUGGCAGAGUCACUCAGUUCUUUAGAUUCGAUCAGCUCAAACUCUGACCAGAACUACGAUUACCUCAGUGACUGGGGCCCUCGCUUUAAAAGGCUUGCAGAUAUGUAUGGGACUGGACCAGACUGCUUAUACUCAUAGCCUUGGAACCUUUCUCUGAAAAUGCACUGAAGAAUACUAAAACAGAAAACUCAACCUUACAGAC